AUGAUCGGAUGUGAGGACAGAGGGUGGGAAGGAGCCGCAGGCCGGGCGAGUGUGCGGUUUCCAUCCCCGCGCCUACCUGCGGUGUUCCGUGAAGUCGGCACCCCCACCCCCUUUUCGGGUACUCAGAGUGCUCAAUCGGAGGCAUUGCACGAGUGUUGCGGGGAGGCCUGGCCCCGGCGGGCUGGCGCGCGGCGGGGCGCGCGGGGCGGCUGGGUCCGAGCGCCUAGGUCGGGGCGGCCGGAGAGCGUGGCCGGCGUGGUGGGGGAGGGAGGGAGGGCUGCCCGCGACCCCAGCGAGUUGGAGCGCGGUGCUCCCUCGGCCGCGCGACGACCCGCGGCCCGUCCUCUCCGGAUCUGGGGACGCCACCGGCUUCCCAGCCUCCUCCGGCCGCUGUCAGCCGCCUGCCCUCGCCUGCACGCGACCGGCCGAGGGUUCGGGCCACUUCGAGGCUCUCCCGGGCCAGCAGCCGCAUCCCGAAUUCGGGGUGCUGGGGUCCCCGAUCGGCUGCUGUCUGGAAGGACCCCGACCGGGGCCCGCGAAACUCAGCUCGGCCACCGCGGCCCUGGCCUGAGCGCACCUCGCCAAACGGACGCGCGAGCCGGCGUGGGGUCGCCCGCCACCCCGGGGCCCCCGGCGGGUGUAAACUGCAACUGA